AUGCAAGAUUUUAAAUCGCUAGGUUUAUCGAGAUGGUUGGUGGAAUCUCUGAAUGCGAUGAGGAUUACACAUCCUACAGCUAUUCAAAAGCAUUGUAUACCUGAGAUUUUGAAAGGUAGAGAUUGUAUCGGUGGUGCAAAAACUGGUUCUGGUAAGACCAUUGCCUUUGCAGGGCCUAUGUUAUCUCAAUGGUCAGAUGAUCCAUCUGGGAUGUUUGGUGUGGUUCUAACACCAACUAGGGAAUUAGCAAUUCAAAUUGCUGAACAAUUCACUGCUUUGGGAAGUUCCAUGAAUAUCAGAGUUUGUUUGGUUGUAGGUGGUGAGAGUAUAGUCAAGCAAGCUUUAGAAUUACAGAAAAAACCACAUUUCAUAAUCGCUACUCCAGGUAGAUUAGCUCAUCAUAUACUAUCAAGUGGUGAAGAAGUAGUCGGUGGACUUUCAAGAGUUAAAUAUUUGGUUCUUGAUGAAGCCGAUUUAAUUUUAACACAAACUUUUGCAGCAGAUUUAUCCACUUGUAUCGCAAAAUUACCUCCAAAACAAAAAAGACAAACCUUAUUGUUUACAGCAACUAUCACUGAUCAAGUUAGAGCUUUACAAAAUGCACCAGCACAAGAUAGUAAGCCCCCAUUGUUUGCUUACGAAGUAGAAAAUGUUGACAAUGUUGCAGUACCAAGCACCUUAAAGCUUGAAUAUCUUUUAGUCCCAGAACAUGUUAAAGAAGCAUAUCUAUACCAAUUGCUUACGUGCGAAGAUUACAAAGACUCUAGCGUCAUUGUAUUUGUAAAUAGAACUACUGCUGCUGAGGUUCUACGAAGAACUUUAAGAUCUCUUGAAGUUAGAGUAGCAUCAUUACAUUCUCAAAUGCCUCAAUCUGAAAGAAUAAAUUCCUUACAAAGGUUUCGUGCUAACGCUGCAAGAGUUCUAAUUGCAACUGAUGUUGCCGCUAGAGGUUUGGAUAUCCCAACAGUGGAACUAGUAAUCAAUUAUGACAUCCCACAGGAUCCAGAUACUUUUAUUCAUAGAUCUGGUCGUACCGCUCGUGCUGGUAGAUCAGGUGAUGCCAUAUCAUUUGUCACUCCAAGAGACGUCUCGAGGAUCGAAGCUAUUGAAGAAAGAAUAAAUAAGAAAAUGGAUGAGUGUAAGAAGGUUCACGACACAGCUGUGAUUAGGAAAGCAUUGACAAAGGUUACAAAAGCUAAACGUGAAUCUUUAAUGGACAUGGAAAAGGCCAAUUUUGGUGAAAAGAGGAAAACUCAAAAGAAAAAAAACCUUGCAGAAAAGAGCUUGAGAGCUUGA